UCAGCCUCGCAGUGGAAAUUAACUCCAAAUUUGUGAAAAAUGUUGCAAAGGGAUUAUGAUAUUGAUGAUGAAUAGUAGGGGCCCCGAGGACAUAACCCUGGGGGACACCUGAGGAAACGCUGGAGGGGUUAAAGAACUUCAGCUGAAUGAAAUGUGUGUGACCAGAACCGUAGGAAGAACAUAAAACACCCCGAUACUACACUCAGUUUUUAGGCUGUGAUGCGUCACAAAAUGUUGCUUCUUGUUUUGGUGUUAUUGCUGUUGCUAAACCAUUUCAACCCACCUAAUUCUCUCACACUUAUAAGAAACUACAAGAAAAAAGUAUGAAGUAAACUACCUGUGUUGUUUUUCCAUGUAUGGCUCUAAAUCAGUAUUCUAAAGGGCUGAAGCACUGUGAUUAUAGCUCUACAGCGUUCCAGCUGACAUUGUACUCGCACAGAACAAGCUGUGAAGCUGAGGACUUAAUGGCUCGCUACCUACACACUUCUGAAAGAAAUCCAUAAAAUUGAAUUCACUUCUUUCUUCUUUCCUGUAGAUUCAGAUGUCAUUAGCAUGCGCACGCCGCAAAUGGUCCCCUCCCCUCCUCCCGUCCUCGUCAUGCUUGGUGGCCUUGACCAAUCUGCUGUCCAAUUGUUCAGAGAGCUCUCUAAUCCAGCCUUAGAUCUGAGUCGUACUGCACCAUGCCUAAUAGGAUCGUAGUAUUAACCCUGAUGACAAUACCACCAGCUGUCGCGGGGCCCCCUGCUGGCCGCCGGCAGAAAUGUGGCCUGCGGGGCACGAGGGAUGAGAGAGGGAGAGGUUGGAUUCAGUGUGUCUGUGGGAUGCUGUGGGUUUGAUGUAAAGAACUGCCGGACGAAGGGGGAGACGCUCAAAAACCUCCUGAACCUUUCAUGUUUUGGGAUCUCUAUUUAAUUCGUUCACAUUUUUUUAAUUACUAAAAUCCCUUUUUGUUUUGUUUUUUCCUAAUUUCAUUUUUUUGUGUGUGUGUGUGUGUGCUUUUUAAAGCCCACUUUCUCCUCAAUCAGUCUGCCUCCCUCUAGUCGCCCCCACCCGCUGCACACAGCCUCCGUUGCGUCCCUCCUUCCCCGGUUUGCUGCGGUGGUUGACCCGACCGGAUCUCCAUGGCUGAAUAACAGAUUAAAGACGGGGGCUUGCUUCGGUGGUUUUCUCUGAGGGGAGUUGCUAAGUUGCGGUCGAGACCGUCGGUGGCGGCGGAGGAAGAGGAGGAGGAUGGCGCUGGCUCUGGACGAAGUGUGGGGCCGAGUGAAGAACGUCUGCAAGCAGAACGGCCUGCUCAUCCUGUCCGUUCUGGCCGUGGUCAUCGGCUGCCUGCUGGGCUUCUUCCUCAGAGGCAAGCAGCUCUCCGAGCAGGAGGUGAAGUACUUCCAGUUUCCCGGUGAGCUGCUGAUGAGGAUGCUGAAAAUGCUAAUCUUGCCUCUUGUCGUUUCAAGUUUGAUGUCAGGUCUCGCUGCCCUGGAUGCCAAGUGCUCAAGUCGCUUGGGCAUCAUGACCAUUUCCUACUACUUGUGGACCACGUUUGUUGCCGUGGUGGUGGGCAUCCUCAUGGUGUACAUCAUACAUCCGGGUGGCGCCGCCCAAAAGGAGGACUCCGAGGACAGCAAGAAGCCCAUGACGAGUUCUGCUGAUGCGCUGCUGGACCUCAUCCGCAACAUGUUUCCAGCAAACUUGGUUCAAGCUACAUUUCAACAGUAUCGGACACAGAGAGUGGCCGAGCUGAUCCCCAAGCCGACGGUGGCCCAGCUGCUGGAUGAGACCACCACGCGGCGGGUCUACAUCUAUGGCGUCCAGGACGACAACGGCACAGACAUUCAGAACUUCUCCUUGGACCUGACGCCACCUCCUGACGUCAUUGUGAAGACGUCGCCCGGGACCAGCGAGGGCAUGAACGUGCUGGGGAUUGUCAUUUUUUCUGCGACUAUGGGAAUAAUGCUGGGCAGGAUGGGACCCAAUGGAAGCGCGUUGGUCAACUUUUGCCAGAGUUUGAAUGAAGCAGUUCUGAAGAUCGUUGCCAUUGUCAUCUGGUAUUUUCCCUUUGGCAUCGUCUUCCUUGUUGCCGGGAAGAUCUUGGAAAUGGAUGACCCAUCAGCCAUGGGGAAGAAACUAGGCUUUUACGCCAUCACUGUGGUCAUGGGCUUGGUUCUCCAUGGCCUUUUCAUCCUUCCUGCCAUGUACUUUUUCAUCACCAAGAAGAGUCCCAUAGUGUACAUUAGAGGGAUUCUGCAGGCUCUGCUCAUCUCUCUCGCCACCUCCUCCAGCUCUGCCACUCUGCCUAUCACCUUCAAGUGCCUCCUAGAGAACAACCACAUCGACCGGCGCAUCAUCCGCUUCGUGCUGCCCGUCGGGGCCACCAUCAACAUGGACGGCACCGCUCUCUACGAGGCCGUGGCGGCCAUCUUCAUCGCCCAAGUGAAUAAUUACGAGCUCGACUUUGGGCAGAUCAUCACCAUCAGCAUCACCGCCACGGCCGCCAGCAUCGGUGCAGCCGGAAUCCCGCAGGCCGGACUCGUCACCAUGGUGAUCGUGUUGACCUCCGUGGGGCUGCCCACCGAUGACAUCACUCUCAUCAUUGCUGUUGACUGGGCCUUGGAUCGAUUCAGGACCAUGGUCAACGUUAUGGGCGACGCUCUGGCUACCGGCAUCAUGGCUCACAUCUGCAGAAAGGAUUUCGUCAAGGAGGGGGAGCAGGUACCUCUGAUCUGUGAAACCAAACCCAUGAUAAGCAUCCAGCAGAUGAUGACGUACCAGAACCAAAAGAACGGCUGCUACCAGCCACCGCCACCGGGCAGCCGGCAGGACCACAUGUCCCCGGAUGUGGCCCGCCUGAUCCAGCUGGAGGAGGGCAUCCGGCCGGUGGAGAAGAAGAAACACGGCCACGGCCCGCACCACAAGCGAGAGCACAGAGACAAGGACCACUGUUCUGUGGACAUGAACGGCCUGGAGACCAACGUCUGAGAGGACCGGACCGGACAGGACCGGACCGCUAUAGAGCUCUGGCUCCGACGGAUGGAAGCAGAGCGGACGGCUUCGCGUUCGCACUGAGACUGGAACCAGAGGGAAAAUAAACAGACUUCUUUUCUUUUUUUUUUUACAUAACCUGUAUAAUGACCCACAUUAUAUUAUUGAUGUUUAUGUGUAAAUAUUUAUCAAAAGAUGUCAUAUUUAGCAGCAGCAACAGCGACAGCGUGCUGCGAGACUCAAACCACAGAUGAACAAUGCAAAAAACAACAACAACAAAAAAGCAAAGCAGAAGAAAGUUGUCGGAUAGUAAUGACAGGCCUCUGGAUUCUUCUGUGGACUUCAACCAGAGAAAAAAGCAUAAUUUCAUACAUAUUUUUAUUUAUUAUGUAUUUGGAAUGUUUUAGCAUAAUAACAACCAGAUUUUAUAUACUUCUCUUUUUCUUAUUCCGACUGUUCACGGCCGCAGUGGAAAAUGUUUUCUCGUUGAAGAAGAUAUGAUUAAACAUGCAAACAAAAAAAAACAAAAAAA